UGCAUCAUUCGGGGGCAUUUUUCUUGCAAACCUUGCUUUGGAUUUUAUGUGCUACCGUCUGCGGAACGGAGCAGUAUUUCAAUGUGGAGGUAAGAGUACGAGGGCUUUCUUCCUUUCCCCUUGCCUGGGCUGCUCUCUGAAACAUUUCGUUCACCCCUCGGAUCCCCGUAGCUCAGAGCAGCCCGGGUCUCACCACAUUGUUUCCCCUCCGGCUGCCGAGACCCUUGUUGAGUUUCCUAGUGUCUUAGGUGAUGGAUGCGCGUGAGACUAGGAAUCCGUUAUCCCCAGCAGCACAAAGCACGGGUGCUGCGCGCUCAAAGACACAAGCCAUGCUUUUCACCAGGGAAGGAGGCGAAGUCCGACAUACAGCAAACGUGUGGCUUAAUAAAAGCAGUUUGAGUUGAUGAUAAAUAAACUCGGGAAAUACAGAAUUCAUUGCUUGGCAAGAUAUGCUCCCAUAGUAUUGUUCCUGAAAUCUUUCUCCCUGUGUUUCGUGCCUAACAAAGGAGGUUGAAAAUCAAAGACUCUAGAGGAGAGUGUGGGAAUACUUGAUAUGUUUAAUAACAUUACUUUGUGAUAAAACACUUGACUAGACAGAGUCUUUUUCUCAUUUAGACAUAACUUAAUACACAGUAACUAGAUCUGGCUGCACAGAGGACAGGAAAUCCAUCUCUUCUUAAGUGUCUUCUCUCCCCCUCCCCCGCCAAUUGAAAAUAAACGUGGCCCAAUGUAAUAGUUCUGAGGUGUGUUUUUAAUUUGAUUUCACACUCUCAUGGCAAAUGGGAGAGGAUUUAGACUGUCAUUUGCUUUACUUUGAUAGCUUUGGGAGCAGACAGACACAAAGCAAAAGGGAACUUAAGGAUAACGACUUGUCAGACCUCUGCCAAAGAACUCAACCUGUCAUCAACUCAGCACUAAAGCCAGUAACAUGCGGUCUGGUUGCAGAAGUACGGCUACCUUCCACCGACUGACCCCAGGAUGUCCGUGCUGCGCUCUGCGGAAACCAUGCAGUCAGCCUUAGCUGCCAUGCAGCAGUUUUAUGGCAUUAACAUGACAGGGAAAGUGGACCGAAACACAAUUGACUGGAUGAAGAAGCCUCGGUGUGGCGUACCUGACCAGACAAGAGGUAGCUCCAAAUUUAAUAUUCGUCGAAAGCGAUACGCAUUAACGGGACAGAAGUGGCAGCACAAACACAUCACUUACAGUAUAAAGAACGUAACUCCCAAAGUAGGAGACCCUGAAACCCGUAAAGCUAUUCGCCGUGCCUUUGACGUAUGGCAGAAUGUAACUCCUCUGACGUUUGAAGAAGUUCCCUACAGUGAAUUAGAAAAUGGCAAACGUGAUGUGGAUAUCACCAUCAUUUUUGCAUCCGGCUUUCAUGGAGACAGUUCUCCCUUUGAUGGAGAGGGAGGGUUUUUGGCACAUGCCUAUUUCCCUGGACCAGGAAUUGGGGGAGAUACUCAUUUUGACUCAGAUGAACCAUGGACUCUAGGAAAUCCUAAUCAUGAUGGAAAUGACUUAUUUCUCGUAGCAGUUCAUGAACUGGGACAUGCUUUGGGAUUGGAGCAUUCCAAUGACCCGACUGCCAUCAUGGCUCCGUUUUACCAGUACAUGGAAACUGACAACUUCAAACUACCUAAUGAUGAUUUGCAGGGCAUCCAGAAGAUAUAUGGUCCACCUGACAAGAUUCCUCCACCAACAAGACCUCUGCCAACGGUGCCCCCGCACCGCUCCAUCCCGCCGGCUGACCCCAGGAAGAACGACAGGCCCAAACCUCCCCGGCCUCCCACUGGCAGACCGUCCUAUCCUGGAGCCAAACCCAACAUCUGCGAUGGGAACUUUAACACCCUAGCCAUUCUUCGCCGUGAGAUGUUUGUUUUCAAGGACCAGUGGUUUUGGCGAGUGAGAAACAACAGGGUGAUGGAUGGGUACCCCAUGCAGAUCACUUACUUCUGGCGGGGCUUGCCUCCUAGUAUUGAUGCAGUUUAUGAAAACAGUGAUGGGAAUUUUGUCUUCUUUAAAGGUAACAAAUAUUGGGUGUUCAAGGACACGACUCUUCAGCCUGGUUACCCUCAUGACUUGAUUUCUCUUGGAAGCGGAAUUCCCCCGCAUGGUAUUGAUUCAGCCAUUUGGUGGGAGGACGUUGGGAAAACCUAUUUCUUCAAGGGGGACAGGUAUUGGAGAUACAGUGAAGAAAUGAAAACCAUGGACCCUGGCUAUCCCAAACCAAUCACAGUCUGGAAAGGUAUCCCUGAAUCUCCCCAGGGAGCCUUUGUGCACAAAGAAAAUGGCUUUACGUAUUUCUACAAAGGAAAGGAGUAUUGGAAAUUCAACAACCAGAUACUCAAGGUAGAGCCUGGAUAUCCCAGAUCCAUCCUCAAGGAUUUUAUGGGCUGUGAUGGACCAACAGACAGAGACAAAGAAGGACACAGCCCACCAGACGAUGUAGACAUUGUCAUCAAACUGGACAACACAGCCAGCACUGUGAAAGCCAUAGCCAUCGUCAUCCCCUGCAUCCUGGCCUUAUGCCUCCUGGUCUUGGUUUACACUGUGUUCCAGUUCAAGAGGAAAGGAACGCCCCGCCACAUACUGUACUGUAAACGCUCUAUGCAAGAGUGGGUGUGAUGUAGGGGUUUCUUUCCCUUUCUUUCUUUUCCAGGAGUUUGUGGUAACUUGAGAUUCAAGACAAGAGCUGUUAUGCUGUUUCCUUGCUAGGAGCAGGCUUGGGGCAGCCUGUUUUGGGGCUGCCCUUUCAAACCCAGAGGGUCGCUGGUCCUGCACAUGAGUGGAAAUGCACUCGUGGGAAGCUUCCAUGAUGCACAGUCUGCUGUCCCUCAGUCCUUUGUCUUUCUUUGUCAUUCAGUUCUAGGCCUUUCCUCUGCACGCUCAAUGCCCAGUAAAUGUCAGGAUUAACUAAAGAAGAGGAAAAAUGAAGAAAAGGUUCUUCUUAAAGGUUUCUAACACUAUGUUUUUUUUUUAUUUUUUUCUGAAAUCUGAGCCCAUUUCUGAGGGGAAAAAAACAAAAUGGAAAAACCCACGAAUUUUUGCUUUAAAGCAAAGAAAAUUAAAAAAAAAAAAAAAAAAAGAGGUUAAACAAAACACCCACAAUUGAACUUUCAGGAAAGUGUGAAGACCCAAAACAGCUUUGUCUCCAAAGAAGAUAGCUCUCUGACGGCUAUGGAUGGCCUCCUACGCUUCGCUUCUGUCAGGUGGGAGACCUGGAAUACACAUGUAGGACUUCAGACUGUCGGCACAGCCAUUUCCAACCAACAAGGGGCCAAAAUAUCUGCAAUAUAGUAACAGCCUUAAUAACACAUCAAAUUUUCGUUUUAUACAGCUGGUUCUCAGCUAUGUCCUGAAUGUUUCAUCACAUUUAUAUUCACAGCCGUAUUCAGGCAGGACCUUUGAAUUGUUUUGAAGUGUUUCUAAACCCCUUCUGGCCACUUUCCCCUGCGUCAUUGUGAUGACCUCCCCAGAUCGCAUGAGACCAUUGCCCCAGGUCUUCCCUGGGUCGGUCAGGGAUACCCGUCGUAAGCGGAGCAGGAAGCAGUGUGUCUUGAAAGUGGUUUAAAGUGCAGUUACUUUAUCAGGAUAUGUGGCACUAGCAAUACAUUGGUGUAACCCUUUGAGAACUAUCAAACCAGCUUUCAGAGUCUUAGGAUCCUCAGUCUUGCUAAUCUGGGAAAUUACAGAACUGGGCACUGGUGAAAUCAGACACAGGUCCAAGAAGUCCAGGUUUUUAAAACAGAUAUCCCAUAACCCCAUGUACUUUUUAAGUGAUUUACAGGACGACAUAAAUGCAUUUAUAACAAACAGAAAUGAUGUUACUUGCCAAAAAUUUUCUGGCAAAUAAAAAGGUAUUUUAUUAAA